UCGCUUGGAAACUUUCUUAACACUGGUGAUAAAUAAUUUUUUAUAUUUAUUUUUUAGGCAGCCGAGAAACUUGUGAUAUUGAGGGGGAAGAUUUCACGGUUGACAAGAUACCUAACACGAGAUGUUUCAGUUGCAUCUGCAAGAAUGGAUUUGUCGAGUGUUUACAACAGCAGUGUCCAAGCAUAGAAGGCUGUUACACUUUAAUAGAGCGACAUGAUGACGAAUGCUGUCAUCGCUGCAAAGGAUGCGUGAGAAACGGAGUGCACCAUGCAUCGGGGACAGAGUGGACGGAGCCGAGCGAUCCGUGUCGAAUUUUAGCGUGCAAAGCCGGCGUGAUAACAGAGUCGAAAUUGAGGUGCUAUACGCCGUGCAAAAAUCCAGUGCCACCGGCAGCGGGUCAGUGCUGUCCAACCUGUUCGGGAUGCUUCGUUAAUGGGCAAAAGGUGACGGCCGAUCGAACAGUUACCACCACCGAGGACCCGUGUGUUACCUGCAGGUGCAAUUUCGGGCGACUUACUUGCGCCAAACAAGCCUGUCCGGUACAACAUUGCGCCUGUAUGCUCAGUCAAGCAGUUUAUAAUUCCGGGUCAACAUUUUACGUGGACCAAUGCACGCGAUGCUCGUGCUCAAAUUCAACGAUAUCCUGUAUAAAAGAGACCUGUCCGGUACUGGAAUGCACACCUGAGCACCAAGUUACCGUCCCAGGGCGAUGCUGUCCUCAAUGUCCAGCAGUCGGCGAGGAACCACGCGCGCAGGAUGGCGAAUCAUGGAAACUAGAUUCCUGCAAGGCAUGCGCUUGCAUACAGGGCAAAGUAAGGUGUGCAAUGCCCAUGUGUCAGCCAAUAAGUUUGCCUUGUCCGCCGAAUUCCCGACUUGAGCACCCGGAGGGCCAGUGUUGUCCGCGCUGUGUUGAAAGCGAUGGAGUCUGUACCGUUUUUGGAGAUCCACACUACAAGACAUUCGACGGAAAGUUCUUCAGCUUCAAAGGUCCGUGUAAAUAUCAGCUGGUCAGCGAUUGUCUGGGACACACUUUCAAUAUUCGAGUUACCAAUGACGCGAAAUCUUCUAGAUCUUCUGCUUGGACGAAAACUAUCGCUUUAAAGGUAGGCGACUUGAGAGUGAAUCUCGGGCAGAGAAUGAGGGUAAAAGUUAAUGGUAUGAAAAUCGACGUGCCGUACCGAUUGCCGAACAAGCUGGAGAUAAACCGAACUGCCGACAGUAUUUUAGUUAACACCAAAAUUGGUAUUAAAAUACUUUGGGACGGAAUUGGGUUUAUUGAAGUUUCAGCGCCAACGAGCUACCGCGGAAGACUCUGCGGCUUGUGCGGAAAUUUCAAUUCCAGGCCCAAGGAUGACUUUACGACGCGCAGAGGUCGCUUGGUGCAAGAUCCGUACCCUUUUGGACAAUCCUGGGCUGUGGGAUUAUGCAGUCGACUGAGAUCGCCAAUAUUCGAGGCAUGCCAUAAAAAAGUAAACCCAACAAUGUACUACAAAUCAUGCCUGCAAGACAUGUGUGAAUGUCCAACGGACAAUUGCUACUGUCAAUCAUUUAUAGCGUACGUACGUGAAUGCCAACGACUGGGAAUUCAGUUGCAACACUGGAGGAAAUCUACAAAAUGCCGACCGGUAUGGGAAAUUAGCACGCCUGGGACGAAUAAUAUCAGGCGACGUCGCCAUUGA